AUGAGUUUGAAGAUUGUAGAUCCCGAUUUUGUUAAAAAAACGACACCGAAAAAACGAACUCGUCAACGGUUCCAAGAAGAUGUUUGUGUCAAAACAAGUUUACCACCACAUGUCGAAGGCCCUGUACACUCAUUAUUAAUUUUACACAUACCGAAAUUACGAUGGCACUCUAAACAACCACCUUGUGGAAUUGCACAUGUUAAAGUAAAUUGGUGGGGUGAGGAAAACAGUUCAUCAAUAUUUAGACCACAAAUAGUCAAUGCCAUACCAGAUCAUAGACAAAAACCAUGCACAACAGCCAAAUAUUAUAUUCGAAGUGAAAUGAAACAAUUUUCAAAAUAUUUGACAGACGCUGCUGAACUCGUUCUCAAAAUCCUCGAUAGUGACACAAAUCGUUUACUUGGAAUUGUUAAAGUGCAACAUCUAUCUACAUUAAACAUCAAUAAUCCAAUAAAAGGUUAUUUACCUAUUUUUACAACGAAAGGAGAAAAAUUAGGUGAUUUAUUUGUGACUAUUAGAAUAAUAUUGCCUGGAACUAAUGAUAGCAAUGAUCAUUUGGUUUGGAGUAGUUCUGACGUCAGUAAUCCAGUAUCGAGGCGUAAUUCUAUCGGAGGAAACGAAAAUAAUCAGGGUGGUUUAAUUGAUAAUGGGAUGAGGACAUUUACAUUAGAUCGUGCCUAUAGUGCUGACUGUUUGAAUUCCUCAUCUAAUGCGACGACAAUCAUUCAACGAUCAAAUCUGAAUCAUAAUACUAACAGAACAGAGACUGCACCAUCUCGUGCUAAUACUAAAGUUAAUCUACAAAAACAACAAGAGACUCUAGAGCAUAAAAAUUUACCAGCAGACACAGUAGUCGAAGCAUUGAUCGAGCGUGCAAAAAGAUUACGUGAAGACAUAGUAAAAUCAUCAUUAAAUAAAGAUAAAGAUGUUAGUACGGAUACAAAUGUAAUUGAUAUAUCGAGUGAAAAAACUAGAACGAAUAAUGCACUAUUAACCGCAAACUCAUUAGCUAUGUUGUCGUCGCAUGAUGAUAAUCAAAGAACUGCCUAUGAUUUAUUAGGUAUCAAGACUGUGGCCAAGACCACACAUGAGUCGACAGAAUCAAUAUUAUCAGAUCUAGAUGGAUUGGAGUAUGAACAAGGUCUAUUAGAUGAUUUAUUAUAUGGUACGAAUGUGAAAACUGACUCAGAUUUAAUGUCACUGUCGUUUAAUAAUGAACACCAACAACAUCAGUUAACACGUUCAUCAAAGACAAAUAUGAAAAUAAUACACGGUCGACCACCAACAGGAAGACAAGCACGAAGUCCGAAUCCAAAUGGUGCUCGUAUUAGUCGUGGUUUAAAUAGUUGUAGUCCAAGUGGUAGUCGAAGUAGAAGUGUAGCAAGAAGUACAGAUAGUGAUUCAGCAUCGAAAGUAUCAUUUGAUAUGCCCAAUUCAGAUGUUGAAUCAAGUGGAAACGAAAGCCUUAAUGGAGAUGGUUUAAGUGCCGAACGUAUCAGACUUCUUGGGCAUGUGCGUACCGCUCGUAUUAAAAUAGAUCGUUUAUGUUUGAAUGCAUUAUCGACCGCAGCUCGAAAUGGUGGGCGUGAAUCUCCAACACAUGUAUCAUUUGGACGAACAACAAAUACAGCGAAAAAAGCAACGACAUAUUUUGUUGAAUAUCAGUUUCCUGUUAUUGUAAAUAGUCGUGAUGGACAUAUUAAUGGUGCAACUGAAGUAAUAAAAAUCGCUUCAAAACGUUUUGAAUCCAAUAAUGAUAUCAUAUUUAAUCAUUUUUCAUCAUAUCCCGUAUUAUUAAAUAGUGAUACAUUGAAAAAUUGGUGGCGAUCAUUGUUAAUAUUUAAAAUAUAUAGUCGUUUACCAGGUAUCAAUAGUCCCGCUCAAAUUGGUUUUUGUGUACUGCCUUUACGAGAUGUAUUGAAAGCCGAAUAUUUACAUAUUGAAGAAAAUUUGAAAGUUAUUGAUCGUACACAAUUAAAAAUAAAUAAUAAAAUACCAAAUAAAAUAUCAAAAAAAUUUUUAAUAGGAAAUUUGAAAUUAAUGUUAGAAUUAAAUUCUGAUUCAAAAGAUUUUAAAUAUGAAUUGGAUCGUACACGAUUACAAGAAAAAUUAAAUCCAAAUAAAAAAUUAUUAUCAAUUUGUUCACCAACAAAACAAAAAUCAUUAACAAAAAAAUCAUCAAAAAAAAAACUGACAAUAAUAAAUGAUGAUUUAAUAUUACCAAAGGCAUUUGAAAGUAAAGGUUUUAUCAAUAAUAGUGAAUCACAAGAAUUCGAUGGUACGAUGACGAUGAACGGUCAAGCAACUGUUGUACAAAUUCUAGUAUCAAUACCCGAAGCAAGAAAUAUUACACAAACAGUACCAACAAAUGGAUCCUCUAAGAAUUCACCACGAAAUCCGUAUUGUGUUUGUCGAAUGUUUUGGAACGAUGGACCAUUAACGUCGAUUGUAUGUUGGGGUACUUCAACACCACGUUUCAAUUUUGAACAACGCACCCCAGUUUUAUUAUCAACAUCAACAUUAGAAAAAAUGUAUCAAAACUUUUUAAUCAUUGAAGUAUGGGAUAAAAAGAUGUCCUCGCCAGCUGAUAAAUUAAUUGGCAUCGUUAAAGUAUCACUACAACAAUUUUAUACAUCAUUUAAAGAUAAACGUAUUAGUCAUGUGUUACUACGUUCACAAUAUCCAAUACUUGGUGUUGACUCUUGGUUACCUAUCAUUGAUCCAUUCACGGGAAUAUUAAGUGGUGAAUUAAAAAUAUUAUUAGCUGUAGGUUCGACCGAGCAAGUAACCACUUUACAAAUGCAAUGUGGAGAUAAUAAUAUUCAAACAAAAAUUCCGAAUAGCAAUAUGGCUAUGUCUAAUGUCAAUAAUAAUACUCAAUAUAUCGGUCAUUCUGGUCCAUUUGAUAUGAUUGAUUUAAAUAGUCAGUCUGUCGAACAUCAAUUUGAAAUAAUGAUUGAAGGUAUAAAUGGUUUGCGGGCAUUUGAAUCAUUGAUAUGGGGUGAAAGUGAUUGUUUCAUACAAUACCAUUUUCCUGUGCAAAUUGACAAACAACAAUCAUCAAAUUCAAAAACCAUCAGUGGUCUAACUGAUAAUCGAAAUAGAUUAGCAUUUCAAAUGCGCGUGAAUCGUACAGCAGCCACAUUAUGUACAAGUGAUCCAACAUUCCAUGAUUGCGGAAAAUUUCGAUAUAUUCUAUCACCGUCUGAAGCAUUACAUAAACCGUUUUUUGCUGCUUAUCAGUCUGUUCCAUCUUUUGAAGCUUCUAUACCGUUUGAAGUAUGGACAAGAUUUUAUUAUCCGAAUAUACGUGAUCAACUAUUAGCAAAAGGUAAAUUAUCUGCAUCAAAAUUAUGUAGUAUGACAACAAUGUUGAUAAAUACAGAUGAUAAAGCGAUUCAAUCUUUUCGUAUACCACUGGAAAUAGUCCAGGAUGAAAAUCAUAAUGAACAACAUUACAUAUCUUCAUCUUCAGCAUCGUACGGAGGAGAUCUACUCUUAGAUGAACGACAAUUUAAACAAGCUAUUGUCGAUAGAAUUGGCGGCUCUCAAGUAUGUCUGUCUGUAGGUAUAAUACGUGCAUGCGGAUUAAAAUAUGCAGCAAAAUUACAAUCACGUCAUGACUCACGUUUAAGUUAUCCAUCUCAAGUGGGCGUAAAUACAUACGCGAAAUUAUCAUUGUCAUUUUUAUCUGAUACUGAAUCUCGUGUAACUCGUACAGUUGCACGGUCCUUUGUACCGGAAUUUAAUCAUUCAAUUGAUUUCCCACUACCGUUAAUAUGGAGUGAUAAGGGAAAUGAUUCAAUUUCAUUAGCUGAAAUGCUUGAACAUGGAGAAUUAAAAAUCGAUUUAUAUCAUCAAAUAACAUCAAAUUCAAAUGAAAAUCCAACAUCUCAUUCAUCAGUAACAUCAUCAGCAAUAAUAGCGAAUCCUCCACCAUCAACCAUCAUAACAAGAACAAAUGGAUUAGUCUCACGGCAAAAAAAUGAAAUACAAUUAAGCGAUGUACAUUUAUGUUAUUGUACAAUAUCAUUACGAGAAUUAUUAGCAAAAAAUACAGGUAUAAAAGGUUGGUAUCCUUUAUCAAAUCCGAGUCGUACAGCAAAUGAUCAAACAUCAACAACAAUGUCAUCAAUUGACUCAGCUGAAAACUGUGUUGGUGGUUUAGAAUUAUUUGUUCGUUUUGCUCAACAAGAUGAUCGACGACGAGUGAUUGAUUUUGCUAAAACUGUUGGAUGGUUAGCCGAUAAUUAUAUGGAUGAAGAACAUUUUCUCGACGAUCAGAAAGAUUUGGGAUGUCUUUUAACGGUCUCUAUUGACCGAAUUCAAUUUCCAAUUCAUUUGGCUACACGUCCAGGAAAAGAUCGGAUUGAUGAGAGAAUCAGUGUAUUUGUUCAAUAUCGACUUUACGACAAAAUGCCCAUUAUUACCAAACGAAAAAAACCUAUUAUUGAUAAACAUUAUGUUAGUUGUGAAUUGAAAUUUAAUAAAGAACAUUUAUUUCUAUGUAGCUCACCGUUUAUUUGGUACUUACGUGAAGAAAAAUUUGAAAUUCAAAUAUGGACAAGUGAAAAUGAUCAUUAUGAACAAGCUCAAUCAUCAACAGAUAAAUUAAUUGGUUCUAUUUAUAUUGAUCUAAAUAGUUUAUGUGAUCGUAAACGCAAAACACAUCGAUUAAGUGCCAUAUUACCAAUGUUUAAAAAUGGAACAAAGGAUUUAGCUGGCUCCUAUGUACAAACACAUAUAACAAUAGAUAAAUCAAAAGAUUUUAAUGAACUAAGAAGUUAUAGUGCUAGUUCAUCUAAUGAUACUGAAAUUGAUUCUUAUUUGGAAAAUCGACAUUUACAUUUAAUUUUACCAGACAAUAAUCAAUUGCCGAUGAAUAGAGCGUUGCAUACAAUAACAAAUAAUGUCUUCUCUGUUAUUAUAAACAUCGAACAGGCGGCACAUUUACCCAAUGUUUAUUCAAAAACAGAAAAUGAGGAUGUCCUACCAAACCCAUAUGUUACAUAUGGUACAGCAAAUUCUGGACAUUUAUAUAAAACAAACGUAUUAAAUAAAACUUGUAAACCAAUGUGGAAUUAUCAACAGCAAGUUAAAUUAUCAAUUGAACAUUUAUUUAAUGAAAAGAAAAAUUUUAUAUUAAAAGUGUGGCAUAAAAUUAAUGCCGAUAUUGAAUCUAUACCAGAAAAAUCUGGCGAUAAAGUACUUGGUUUUGUUUCAAUCGAUUUGAGUCCAUUAUUGUCUGGCAUGCAACACAUCAGUGGUUGGUAUAAUAUAAUCGAUAUGAUUGGAAAUGUGCAAGGUCAAUUGAAAAUAACUGUUAUUCCACAAGAAGAUUUACUUGGUUUAAAACGUUAUAAAUACACAAACUAUAACUAUUUUAAUAAUCGGCAGAAAUUAGAUUCAAGUCGGUCGACAGCAACAUCAGCGACGACAACAACUGGACUAAAUUUUAUGGCUGAUCUUUCCGCACGAUCUGGUCAUAUUUGUUCAUCAAACUCGUCAACGAUUCAAAAUAAUGACGAUGAAACAAAUAAACAGUCUUUGCUUAUGACUAAUUUACGUCGUCAGUUAGGAGAAUUGGAUGUGAUUACUGAACGUUUGAAAGCACGUUGCUACGCUGGAUCAGAUGUAUCGUCUGAAACUGGACGAAGUAGUGUUCCGCCACCGUCUGAACAAAAUUCAAUGAUCGGAAGGCAAUCCGAUUUGAAUUUACAAUAUCGCUCUCAUUCUGCAACAAGCAAAUCUCAACACCAACAACUACCUUCGUCUUGUACAAAAUCAACGUUCGAUAUUGAUAUUUCAGAACAUUUUCCUGAAUCAUUGAAUGGCAAACCAUUGAUUAGUAAUGGUCUCAAUGUGACCGAUGUUUUGACGCUUCAUAAUGAUCAAGUGCGUUUAGCCCAACAACUUAUGUCAAAAGCAAAUCAUCUACUAGAAACAUCAAAAGAUUUUUUUACAACAGCCGAUAUGAAUGUACAACUAUCAAAUCUUAAUAAAAAUACCAAUGAUAAUAGCAACAACCAGCGUACUGAUCAUCCAAUGAAAGCAUCAUUAAAAACAAAUUUUAAUAUGACAAGUGAAUUUCAAGUACCAGAACUGGAUGAUGAAAAGCUCGUUAUACUUCCAAUAACGGAACAUCGUCAGUCACCACCACUCGCACGUCAACGUUUAACAACAACGACGAUAAAAACCAGUAACAUAGGCAUUGAUGAACGUGUUAAUUCCUUCGAACAUAAUUAUAGUCCAACAACGAUAAUCAGUAAUGGUCAGUUAAAUCACACAUCACAGACAAAUAAUGAGAAUGAGAAUGAUCUGAACAAUCAGGCACACUGGCCCAUUGAGAUUCUUCCAGAUCGGAUUAAAACUGCUUCAUCGAAUAUCGAACAACAAGCUUACUCUACUAUCACAUUACCGUUAACAAAACGAAAUAAAAAUAAUUAUAACGAUGGUGGUGGUGGUAACGAUGACAAACAUAAUGAUACUGUGAAUAUUCAACCACUGAAUGAUUUGUCAGCAUUUAACUUUGACUGGAAUAAAAUGAACGUUCAACGAUUAAAUGAUAUUACUUCCUUCUAUCGAACUGACCACAUUCAAACAUCGGUGCUAGUGAAUGAUACUUCACCAUUACUCAAUCAUCAGAAUUUCUCCAUUACAAAGGAAGAGAUUGCUAUUUUAUCUCCAAGAGCCACCACCAUUACACAUACUGUAGUUUCAACUCAUGAUCGAAUCCCUAAAAAUAAUACAUUACAUCGAACAUCAUCAUCAUCAUCCUCGCCGAGAUUAUCAUCAACAGUUACUGUUUUACCAUCUCAGACUAACAAGGAACACGAGAAAAUUAUUCCAGUACGUACCAUUCAACGGUCAACAUCACCAAGAUCUUCUUCAUCGGUACCACCAACGUCAAGAACUGAAGAAAAAUCUCAUCAAUCUUUGAAUCCUGAUACAAAUUGUAUAAAUGCAAAUUGGAUUGAAGAACAAAAAGAACAGCAAGAUAGAUUAAGAAAGAAGCAACAACAAAAACAGAAAUCGAACGAAGAUCAAUCAAAAUCAACCAGUAGAAGUCCAUAUUUGUCAUUUCUUGAUCAUCCAUUACCAAAUUUUUUUCCACCUAAUCACAAAAUGAAAGCUUCAAUGAAACAAGUUUCUCAAGCAUUAGCCGUUAACCACACAAAUGCUAGCGACAAUCGUAAUGAAUUAUCAUCGUCAAGUGUGAUGAAGACAAUUCAACGUAUACGUACAAAAUCUUCGACCGAAAUAUUACGUGGAGCAUCGCCAUUAGAAACUCAACAACAGCAGACAAAGCGUUUAGAAAAAAUAUUCAAAACCAAAUACACCACAUCAAGUUAA